AUUGUUGAUCCUGUUUUGAUCAACUAAAACUUGUCUUCUCAUGUUUUAAUGAUAUGAAUGCAUCGUGACGUAGUUACAGUACUUGGCCAAUCGUGUUGGCAGUGAGAAACUAUACAAGGUCGCCCAUAGCUCCUCCAUUGAUUAGAUUCAGAAAAACUGAACAGUCCACUAACCAACAGUAAUAUUUCAAAUUCUUUACGUGGUAAAAAUGGCUCGUGAACUAGUGGAUCUGGAAGAAUUAGUUCGAGAAUGGGUGGACGACUUUCCUUUUGACAGAGCCCAGAAGAAAGAAUUUGACGCGGUUAAACCUCAGGAUAUAAACUGGGACCACAUGAAUGUUACCCAUAACCCUUCUGAAUACUUCGACUCGAGCAGGGCACAGAAACCAAAAUCACACGUUCUGUUUACUGCUCAUUUUACCAAUGAUACCGACAGACAACAAGUCUAUGCUCUUAGGACAGAGCGGCGCACCAAUUCCACCUGCGCCAUAUCAUUGAUGAAAUCAUACACCAUUGGGGCCAGUGUGGAAAUUAAGCUUACGCCCCCAAAUCCCAUCAUCGAAGCUAAUGCUGGGUUCCAUGGUGAACUUUCUAUGGAAAAGAGUGUAGAAGAGACAUUUGAAGAGGAAUUGACAUGGUCUGUCGAUAACCAAAUUACGGUACCAGCUGGAUUCAUCACACAAGCUGAUCUCGUCAUUAAAGAAGACAGUUUUACGGGAGAUUUUAAAUCGGAGACAAAGUUUGAUGGAAAAAUUCAUGUUGCAUUGAGAAGUAGGAAAGACAAUUCGGUAAUCAAUAAUAUUACUGGACGAGUACAAGAUAUAUUUACCAAAGGCAAGGGCUUUAAAGUGGAUAAAACCGGAUGUUAUUUUACUACAAUUGGAAAGUGUAAAUGCCGAUUUGGUGUAGAACAGCACGUUAAACUAUCUCAGAAAAGAAUCAGUGUUGAGGAAGGAAAUGAAGAUUAGUUUAUUUCUAAACAGUGCUUUCUUAUAAAGUGAUGUUCAGAAUCUGUGUUCCUUUAAAACAAAACAAUUAUGGUGCAAAUAUUUUUUUUUAUCAAAAUCAUAUUAUAUGUGGAUUGUAUAACUCCUUGUACAGAUUUUAUAGUGAACAUAAUUGAAUUGCUUUAAAAUACUAGGAAUGGUAAAGGGUUAGAUGAGAUUUAAAUCAUAAGUCUAAUAAUUAGUACCAGUCAUAGUUAUGCUCCUUUUACACCAUGCUUCAUAAAUAAAUUGUAAUGUAUGCACUAACUUCAUCAAUAAGAAUCAAGAACAAUUACCAAAUGAAUUAUAACUCUUUUUGUGGUGGUGAUUCUGAUUCAAUUGUAUUUUUGGGUAAAUUCUUAGAAUUCUUACAGCCCAGAGUUCGAUUGUCAAAUCUGGUGCUUUGGAUAUUUACACAAGUUUUCUCUACAUUAUGCAUGUUGAAAAAUGUUUUCUUUACAUAUAACAUCUUUUAUAUCAAGUGUAAGCUAUUCUUAAGAGCAUCAAUAUCACAGGCACUUGAAGGGAUUAAAAUAAUACUUCUUACUACUGCUUUAUUUUAAUCCCUUCAAAGUUUUAUUUUAAUCCCUUCAAGUGCCUGUGAUCAAUAUCUAUAAGGUUAGCUCUCUCUCUCUCUCUGGGGGGGGGGGUUGGAUGGCUGAAUGGUUAGCAGGUGCGCGCUAUAUCAUACGGUCUGUCAUUGAGUCAACUGGCGGGGUUUCGAUUCCCCGGUUGUACGUGACAAGGAGUAGGGUCGCCUGUCUAACCUUGUGGGUUUUCUCCAGGUCCUCCGGUUUCCUCCCACUGCUAAAGACCCAUACACGCAGGCUAAUGAAUGAAAUAAAAUUGAACCAUGUGUUAGUCCCGAAAUGAUCUAGUUUGUGUCGAGUGGACCUUAAACCCGAUUUCUCUCUCUCUCUGCCAACAGUUCUUUGUUGAUAAUCCCUCUUCUAUCUAUCUUCAAUGGAGCCAAAAGUAGGAGUUAAACCCUAUUCAGUUAUGUUGAAAAUAUUAAAAAAGGAGUGACAUAAACUUUAUCAAAAGAUUUUAUUCUAAAAGAUAAAAGUAGUUAACAGAUUCAAGUUACAGAGAAUAAGAAAAUAAAAUUACACCUUGAUACCCAAAAAAUAUAAAAGGCCAGAUAUUAAAAAAAAAGAAAAUGAUAUUGAGCACAAAAAUAGAUAUACAUUUAUAAUCUAUAAAAAAAAAAAAAUAAA